AGUCUGGAGCCAUGGGUGACUGGAGCCUUCUGGGGAGACUGUUGGAUACAGCACAGGAGCACUCCACGGUUAUAGGAAAGGUCUGGCUGACGGUUCUGUUCAUCUUCCGAAUCUUGUUGCUGGGGGCUGGGGUGGAGUCGGUGUGGGGAGAUGAGCAGUCAGGUUUCACCUGCAACACCCAGCAGCCGGGCUGCAUGAACGUGUGCUACGACAAAGCCUUCCCCAUCUCCCACACCCGCUUCUGGGUGCUGCAGAUCAUCUUCGUGUCCACGCCCACCCUCAUCUACCUGGGGCACGUGCUGCACAUCAUGCGCAUGGAAGAGAAGAAGAGAGGCAGAGAGGAAGAGCAGGCAAAGGGAAAGAGCGACCAUGGCCAGAAGGAUAGUCCCCAAGUGCGGGACGACCAGGGAAAGGUCCGAAUCGCUGGGGCCUUGCUCCGGACCUACAUAUUCAACAUCAUCUUUAAGAUGCUGUUUGAAGUGGGGUUCAUUGUUGGGCAGUACUAUUUGUAUGGCUUUCACCUGGAGCCACUCUACCGCUGUGACCAGUGGCCCUGCCCCAACCUCGUGGACUGCUUCAUCUCCAGGCCCACAGAGAAGACCAUCUUCAUCAUCUUCAUGCUGGCCAUCGCCUGCCUGUCCCUCUUACUCAACGUGCUGGAGAUAUACCACCUGGGCUGGAAGAAGCUUAAACAGGGCAUGACCAACCACUAUGACCCAGAGACCGCUGAAUCCAGGGUGGGGGCCAUCAUAUCUGGGGAUGUGCCCCCACUCCCCUCCCACUAGGCCACAGACACUAGUACUAUGGGGCGCCCUUCUACUACACGCACUCUGUCUCUUCCCUGGGAUGGGCAACCAUCAUCAUUCCAGGGCCUCUCCAGCAGCAUCAGCCUUCAACAUGGCAGCUCUUUCCCAGGCACAAGGGAAGGGCCACCCUGACAAAUUCUACAAUAGUAACCACCACCAGCAAU